UGACAAUUGCAGAUAUCUGUAAUUCAGUUUUGACUAGGCAGAAUUAAAGUUAAAGAUAUCUCAAACGUCAUUUGAGUGCGAAUUAUUGGGCAUGACGUUUUAGAUAUCCAGAAAUACGUAAUUUCCAAUUGCCGCCAUAAUCAAAGAAGAAGUGGGAAUAAGAAAGGAGCAGUCAUGGCGUUGGCUGUAAUCGAAAAAAUCACCAGAAAAUGCCAUGAAAUUGAACGAGCCCUCACACAGGGGAUUUGUGGAGAGAGAGAACGUCGUUCGAUUGAAAGCUGUGAAAGAAAUCUCGGAAGAAUUGAAGAUUUGCUAUCACCAGAGACCAACAACGAACUCAAAAGCAGUUUGGCUGAACUGAAAAAUCUAGUAGGCACACAUUUCCAGGCUGGGGAAGACCGAAGUUUCUCUGUCGGGCGCAUUCGUUCAGGGAGAACAGGCCGACCAGCUAUUGAUGUUACCAGAGAACAGAUAGAAUUUCUGCUGGCGCAAGGCAAUACAAUUGCAAAAACUGCUGAAAUACUUGGGUGUUCCUCAUCAUUUCUGUACAAGAAGUCAAAGUUGAUGGGUAUACCUGUCAGAAGUAUGCGGCCUGCAAUAGAUGAUGGUGGACUAGAACAACAUGUGAGGCAACUUCAGGGCCAAUAUCCUAAUUCUGGAAAUGAGAUUAUUCGAGCCCUGUUGCGCACACGGGGUGUCUUUGUUACACAGUCCAGAGUGCGUGAGAUGUUGACACGGGUGAAUCCAACUGCUGCUGCAAGGAGAUGGAGCCGGACAGUUGCAAGACGUGUUUAUCAUGUACCUUACCCCAACAGUUUGUGGCACAUUGAUGGGAACAUGCGUCUGAUAAGAUGGGGCUUUGUCACUCAUGGUGCAAUUGAUGGAUACUCCCGUCUGAUUACUUACCUCAGCUGCAGCACAGACAAUCGUUCCACAACAGUGCUUUCUCAGUUUUUGAAAGCAACCUGCCUCUACGCCCUACCAUCAAGAGUUAGAUCUGACCAUGGUGGUGAAAACAUCCUUGUGGCUUUAUUCAUGCAUCUAGUUCAAGGACUUGAACACAGAGGUUUCAUAACCGGACGAUCAGUUCACAAUCAGAGAAUUGAACGCCUUUGGCGUGAUGUAUUUUUGCAUGUGUUGCAGCACUUUUACCAUAUGUUCUACUCCUUAGAGGAUUCAGAGGUUCUAAACCCAGAUAAUGAUGUCCACAGACUAUCACUGCAUAUUGUUUAUCUUCCGGAGAUCCAGAAAAGACUGGAGCAGUUUAGACAGGCCUGGAACCUCCAUCCGUUGAGAACAGAAAAUAAUCGCACACCAACUCAACUCUGGACAGAGGGCAUGCUCAGAAAUAUUGCCACAGACAGCACAGCUGUCAACAAUGUGUUUGGGGAAAAUCCCUACAGCGACCAAAACAUUGAGGCCAUCCUAGCGCAGUACGGAAUUCAAACACUGCCUACACUUGACGAGGAAGAGUUCCCAGCUGUAAGGGUAGAGCCACCUCAACUCAUCCUCACUCGGCAACAACAGACAUCUGUGCACAAUGCAAUCCAACACUUUUCUGAUCUGAAGAUUAAAUAUCAGGUGUGCUGUACUGCAAUUGUCAGUAUUUUGCAAACUGAUCAGGUAUAG